GGGCGCGGUGCACACCGGGAGGUGCGGCCCGGUCGGGCUCGGCCGUGGCCGGCGGCGGCUGGGGUGGAGAGGCGGUGGCGGUGACAGGUCGCGAUGCUGCGGCGAAAGCCGACGCGGCUGGAGCUGAAGCUGGACGACAUCGAAGAGUUCGAGAGCAUCCGGAAGGACCUGGAGAGCCGCAAGAAGCAGCGGGAGGAAGCGGAGGCAGCGGCGGUGGGUGAGGAGGCCGCGGCGGCGGCAGCAGCGGCGGCGGCCAUCGCUCUGGGCACGGACCACAAGAGCCGGGAGCAGAUGAUCAAUGACCGCAUCGGCUACAAGCCGCAGCCGAAGGUCGGCGGCCGCACCACCCACUUCGGCAACUUCGAAUUCUAACGGGGGAGGGUCGCCCGGGGUCCCAGGCUGAGCGGGACCCGGCGCCCGGGGAGCGAGCAGCCUCCUGACACAGCCGGGAAGGGUCCCCGGGCCGGGACUCUCCAUCCCUCGUGGCUUUUGUUUCGUUUUGUUGUUUGGUUUGGUUCUCUUUUGGUUUCCUUGUUUUAAGUUCGGUUAACACAGCCCUGAAUGCCUGGUGGCCAAGAGUUUUGUUUUAAUAAA